AUGACUUCUCCUGUGGUGACAGUGGCUUACCUACUUCGGGACAGUGCCAGCGAUGUCGCAAACGCAAAAUCAAAUGCAGUGGAGAUCCAGGUAAACUCAAGCGAGUGCCAAACCUAUUUCACAGCAAGGGGUCUGCAAACUGGUGGACGGUACAAUCCUUAUCCAUCAAAUCAGUCCGUGGCAACGCGCAGUCAACCGUUACAGGUCCAAACGACCAAUGCCGUAACGAGUCCUUAUGCCAAUUUGCCUACAUCGUACGAUUGCUACAAUGGACUGUACGGCUCAGGUGUCACCCGAGCAAGCUAUCCAACAUAUUCUACCAACUACGACGACGAAAUGUAUCUCGGCCAAGCGCCUGCAUACAUGCUUCCAAAUAACAACGAAUCCGUGCUAAGCACGAAUAGUGCUUUUGGGCCACCAGCAAGUCCUAGAACUUGGGAUGUCUUCUCGAGCUCAGGCAGAGGUCAGAAUGGAUUGUAUCCUGACCAAAAUCCAUCAAGUGCUGUGUCGCUCACAAGCGGAAGCUUUUCAAGCAACUGCAUUCCCUUCACCUGCAGCUCGCAUGAUGUGUCCACUUCUUUGUCCGGCAGCAGUGCGAUUGCAGCGAGUGCAGAUCGGACACUACCGAAUCCUGCCACGGGUCGUUCUCAGCAGCAAGCACUCAUAAUGGCAGGGUCAAAUUCAAUGGACGGGCUAGCAAUAAGCAACAUCGGAUACCGAAAUUCACUUCCAUGGGUUGGAGCUGACAACAUGUCGGCUAGCAGUCAAUCUUCAGACCGUAUCAUGUCAGUCAGCUACGGAUCGACAGUGGACAGUAAUGUAGGGUCUGGUGAAUCAUCUGCAGCCACCGAAGAUGCAUCUUUUGCAUACGUUCCGAUAUCUCAAACGUCUCCCAGCGCGUCUAUCAGAGCAGCUUCCACACUACCAGAUCCUGGUCCAUCACAACUCGUCCGGAAACUCGAUGAGUCGGCAGUGGAACAACGGACAACAAAAACGCUUUCUCGCGAGAGCACGCCCUCUCCAGAGCACUGCAUGGCUGAAGCUUACGGCUACAGUGGCGACCUUGUGGUAGGAAGACGAUCAAUCCGUGGCAGCAAUUCUUCAGGCACGCUCUCCAAUGGUCAAGAAUAUACGAGAUUGAGGCCAUUACCCAUACCAACGUCAGACUUCUACAGAAGCUCACAGCAUGGUUCGGCAGAUUACCAAGCCGAGCUCACACACCGGACGUCCAUUGCCUCAUUGAGUGGUUCCGGGAGAUACUGA